GUAAACCAGGAUUAUGAUUAAUUCGCUUUAUGUUAAAUUGUUAUGUUACUCACAUUUGUCCACUAAUUAACAGAAACACGGAAGUAAACCAUGCUAUUUUUAAUGCAUGCAUAUUAUUAAAAGCUUCAGUCUACGUACUAUUUAUCAGAGAUUUUUAAAAAAUCACAAUGCAUUGGACGUUAACAAUCGAUCUAAUUCUGAUAUUUUACAUGGCUAUACAGUCGACUCUAAUGGAAAAUUCAGCUUGCAGAUAUCCAAUCUCAUGUACGGAUGAACAAAGAGGUAGCUGUAAUGCGUGUAUACGUGGAUGCAUUGGACCCAAGUGUACUGUUACUUGUCGCUAUCCCAGUUACGGUGUCAGAUGCCAAUCCAAGUGUGAAUGUGUUGAAGAGCAGUGUGAUCCUAUCAAGGGAUGCGGAAGUAUACAAAUUCUUUACCAUAAAUCUACAUGGACAGGUCUGAACUCGGCAAACAAAUUCAUGUUAAUCAGCACUUGUAUCAUCGGGACCGUAUUCUUGGUGGUGCUUGGUAUUUACAUGUACAUCAUAUGUUACGUGAAGCAAACUGUUAGAGGACAGAACAAUAAAUGGAAAUGGAGACGAAUAAAUGCCAGAACUAUCACUUCUACAUUUUAUUGAAUGAAGAUUAAAAUCGUUAGUGAAUGAAGAUUUAAAUCGUUAGUGAAUGAAGAUUUAAAUCGUUAUGUACUUGAUUUAUGGAUUUUAAGAGAUAGAUUAAACUUAGUAGUAGGCAUGUUUGAUUGCGAUUACAGACCAUUUUGAGAAGACAGCUGCAUUCUAAUACUCUUUUAGUUUAAUAUCAUUAUUUGCUUCCAGUAUGUGGAUCGAAUACAUAAUUAUAUAUUCUUAUAAUUAUACCAUUAAAUACAUAAGUUUUGCUGAGAAAAUGCAUUACAUAAUGCGGUAUCAAUAAAAUAAGUUUCUAUAUGUAUGAUUUGUAAAUAUAUUCAUGUGAUUAAACUAAUUAUUCAGGUGAUAUUUUUUUCAUAAAACAAUUUAAAAAGGUAAAUUUUCAUGACGUUUCACAUAUCUUUGGUCACAUUAUAGGCUCUUUUAUUCACCUCAUUCACAAUACAUGUAUAACUUAAUGAUGAUUUUAAAAGCUCGUCUAAGCUAAGAGCUCAAAGGAGUUUUUCUGAUUACUUUUUUCCGGCGUCCGUCUAUAAAUAUUUUUAAUUUUCGAUUUCUUUAAUGUUUUUCAAAACCAUUCGACCAAAUUCAACCAAACUUCACACAAAUCAUUUAGGGGUGAAGGAAAUUAUACAUUUGUUAAAUCUACAGCCACUCAUUCCGAAAAGGGAAAAAAAUUAAGAAUUAUUUCUAAAAUUUCAACAUUUUUAAAAAAUCUUUUACUAAAGAUUCAUUUGGCUUCAAACAAUGAAACCUGGCUGGAACCAGCUCAAUGUAGUGUAGAUUUCAAGAGGUUUCAAAUCAUGAUUCCCAGGAAUAUUAUGGGCCCCAAUGUAGUGUUUAGAUUUUACACACUAAGAAUAUAGUUCUGGAGAGGGCUCAACGAUUGAUGAAGGAAUAACUUUGAUUUUUUUAAAAUCUACUUAAACACCGCAUCGCUACAGCAUGUGAUAUAAUUUUGCAAUCAUCCUCUGUAAGUGUUUCUUCCAAACUGUUUCAACUGUGACCUCAGAAACACUACUGGACCCAAGAAUGUGCCAAUAGUUAACUAUGUGGACAAAUUUAGAAUCGUCCAAACAAUGACUUAUGCUAAUACUGCUGUCUCA